AUGUGGACAUCCUCCAAAAGUUGGGGCUCAAGGGAGAGAAACCGUCGCGCUCUGUGCCAGCAGGGGUCAUUCCGUUCCGAUCGGGGAUCAUCCUCAACCAGCGGGCGCACAUUGAAUCCCCCCUGCGCUCAGUCUUCCCAGCGGCCGUCUGGCCCAGCCUGGCCCUGGUGCUGAGUGUGCGCUCGCACCGCCUCAACAGUGCCUUCCUCUUCACCGUGCUCUCAGGCCGCAAGAAGCUCCUUCUGGGUCUGCAGCUCACACCGAGCAACCUGGUCCUCCACACAGGGCCGAACACCUCGGUGUCACUGCCCUACGAGCCCCACGAUGGCCAGUGGCACCAGCUGGCGGUGGGAAUUAAUGGACAGAGAGUGACUCUUUAUGCCUCCUGCGGAGAGCAGAUCGUCCAUGCAGACUUUGGGUGGGACAGUGAGGAGGGUUUGGCUCCGGAGCUCCAGGGCUCCUUCCUGCUGGGGCGGACCAGCCAGCAGCAAGCCUCGGCUCACUUUGAAGGAGCCAUCUGCCAGUUUGAUCUGGUCCCUUCUGCAGAGGCAGCUCACAACUACUGCAGGUACAUUAAGAAACAGUGCAGGGAAGCAGACACAUACAGGCCUAACCUUCCUCCCUUGUUACCUAUCCUUCCACAAGGUAAAAACGUCACCGCUACCGCUGCUACCCCUAAACGUGGUGGCCCGGAAACGCCCAAGAAGACCACCGGGAUCAGCCUGGCUAGGAGUGUCGCUGCUGCUGCAUCGGCUGUAAGAUAUGUGGCCCCCACCCAAACAAUAAAGCCCAGCACUGGGACCAUUCCUACACCCUUUCUGGGGACAGUGAUGCCAGUUACAGUCCAGCUUGGUUUGGCCUCCCCGCCUCCCAAGGGCAGGACCGAAACUGUCACAGCACCACUUAGGACAAAAGCAACCCCAACAAAAGCGCCAAACCCUACCACCUCUAAAGUCUUAACUCAGAAACCCACCAAACCAACUCCCCCAAAGCCCUCCAAAAAGAUGAUUGCAGGAACGGACAAUAAGAAACCUACUAUUCCAGCCACUACCAGCACCAAACCCUCCAAGAUAAAACCUGAUUCUACCCUAUCAUACCAAGGUACAGUCCUAAAGAAACCCCAACCAACCACGGCCAAGAAAACACCCCCCAAGCCUAAAGUUACUCCAUCCAAAGCCACUCCGUUGAAACCCAAAACUAAUCCUGUCAAAGUUGUCCCUUCUAAACCAACGAAACCUAAAGUCAACCCCUCAAAACCAACAGUCUCCAAAACUACAACUGCUAAGACCUCCAAGCCAGUCACCAAACAGGUCAUCAAACCAACGAAACAAUCCAAAACCACCAAGGCUACAGUCAUUGUGCGACCAACCAGACCAUCGGACAACCCAGUGACACCCCCUGCUACCGAUGGCUUCCUGAGCUGGGAGGUGCCCCCUACUCUGUUCUCCAUGCUGGAGGGUCUUAUGGGAGAGAAAGGAGACGCAGGCCCGCCGGGACUGUCUGGACCUCCGGGGAAGACCGGCCUGUUGGGCAAGAAGGGUCCGAGGGUGUAUGACAUGGUGUCAUUUGGCUUUAUGCUGGUGCGAAUACACUCGAACCGAGGAUGA